AAGCCACACACACACAUGCACGACUGCACACACAAACAGAAAAGAAGAAGGGGAGAAGGAGGAGGAAGGGGGCAGCAACACUUAAAGACUCACCGGAAAGCCACACACACACACAGACAUCCACGCUCCAACGCGUGCUGACUGCUGGAAUCACAAACAUAGCGCUACAAAAAGAGGCAGCGCAUGACGCCAGCAACCUAACGCUGUUGUCUCUCUCCCUGAGACACACGCACAAUCCCUCCUUUUCCACACAGACUCUCAGACACAUUCGAUAGCCGGCGAGCAGGACACCACUGGACGUAUCAUUUCUAUAGAAGAAGAGAUCAGAGGCAAAGGAUUAACUAUCUCCAUCCCUCUAAGGAUCUUAUCCUCUCUUUCUGUGUAUCCCUCCCUUUUCUCAAUUCACUGGACGUUAGAUGGAUUUUCCGAGCAGAGGAGAGUCACCGAUAUUUUGUCUUGGGAGAGAUUUUAGCAUGUUUUGAGUCUUGAGCUACAUUCAUGGAUGGAUGGCUGACAACAGAGAGCUGUGAUCCUGCUGCUGACUGACAUUCUUGGUCCAAAGGUGAUUUGCUGCAGCUUUUUUUAAAGUUGCCACCCGAGUGGAGGCUGCAGGCAUGACAGCUUGACCCCAUCUUUGAUUCCCCGCCUCCAACAGAGGAAGGGUUCAGAGAUCUGUCAUGCUCCCUCACACUCACCCUCCUGGGGGUACUGGCCUGCCCCCCACAAACUCUGCCACCGACUUGGCCAGAUCUGUCUCCCUCUGUGUCCUCUGCCUCUUGGCUGCACUGCUGCCACCAGCCUCCCCCUGCCCUCCUCCCUGCCUCUGCUCCUCGGAUGACCUUGUGGUGGACUGCGGAGGACGUGGUCUCUCCUCAUUGCCUCCUUUGCACCUCCUGCCUCAGAGAAGUCGCUCUCUCCUCCUCACCAACAACAAGCUUGCCUCGCUGGAUGCCUAUGCUUUUGCUAACCUCUCUUCACUAGAGGAGCUUGACCUCUCCAACAAUUAUCUGGAUAAUUUGCCUGGUGGAUUAUUCAGAGACAUGUCAAACCUGACAAGACUGACUCUACACAACAAUUCCCUGACAGUCAUGGACAGAGAACUCUUUCAGGGUCUAGCCAGUCUACAGAGUCUGGACCUGUCAUUAAAUGGUCUGUCCACAGUUCCUCUGGGUCUCCUUGAUGAGUUACAGAAGCUCAGGUGGCUGUCACUAGCAGGUAACAGACUUCAUGGUUUGGAGAGGGCAGCAUUUGAGCCACUGGCCAACCUACAACACCUGGAACUGGGACACAACCCCUGGGAGUGCGACUGCAAUCUCCGUGAUUUCAAGCACUGGAUGGAGUGGCUGCUGUACCGAGGGGGGAAGGUUGAUGCGAUGGAGUGCACGCUCCCAAAAGAUCUGCGUGGGAGAGACAUUCGUGGCGUUCCGGUGGAAAUGUUCAACUACUGCCUCCAACUAGAAGAUGAAAAUGGAGGGGGUGGUGAGGGUUCGCGAUCUGGACAAGGAGGCGGUCCUCCAUGCAGCAGGAGCGCUCUCAACCCAAGCGGGUCGACGCCAGCUUCUGACAACAGUGUUGAUGGCUCCUCUGCUGGAGGAGGAGGAGGAGGUGGAGGCGACGCGCCACCAGAUUGUGUUCGAGCCCGCUACCGACCUGUUAGUGUGCGCCGCGCCAUUGGCACGGUGGUAAUUGCAGGCGUGGUGUGCGGCAUUGUUUGCAUCAUGAUGGUUGCUGCAGCUGCUUAUGGCUGCAUCUAUGCCUCCCUGAUGGCCAAAUACCAGAGAGAGCUAAAGAAGAGACAGCCACUGAUGGGAGAUGGAGAGGCUGAUGGGGAAGACAGGGAGGAGAAGCAGAUCUCCUCUGUAGCCUAAACGAACACUGAACCAGGGAAAUUUGUCACAGAGGCUAGAGGUAAUAUCAGAAUGGGACGGAAAUAUUAAAAAGGGCUCACAUAGGAGACUGACUCUGAACUGACACUUCUCUCCCACUGUUCGUCUUUCUAUUUUUAGUCUCCUCCUCUCCCCCUUACAAAUCUCCACACUCACCUCAUCUUCUUCCCCAGUUUGGGAUCCAUUCUCUCUGCAGUACUUGUUAGCAUUCGUCCCUGCAAAUUGCCUGCCAUACACCCACCUGCUGAAUUUGCCAUCAAAUGGGUUUGGAGAAAAAAAAAUAGAAUGAUUUGGAAAUCAUAGGAAACAUAUCAUUAAAUCUGUGUUGUCUCAUCAGUCGAUAAAAAAAAUCUAGAGCAGAAAUUCAGGGAUUGAUUGCAUAAAUGGCGUCGAUUCACAGGCACUUCAACAAAUUGGUAGAAUCUGAGCUCUCUCUGGACUUCUAAAACCAUGACUCUGCAACCUUUUUUGACACUCUUAAAGAAUUGAGAAACAUUGAAGAAACAUCUCAUAAACAAAUCACAAAAUACAAUCACAUUAACAUUCAGCUUAGUUCUGUUAGUCCCAGUAAAUGAUAAAAAACAAAAAAAGCCAGAAUUCGCAAAAACUACCUGCUUUGACCAAACAAUAACUUGUCCAAUAAUGAUGAAGAGGAGUGUCGCUGCUUUGCUGGACUAAAUAUCCAUUAUACAUUGUUUUCUGCAAGCUGACAACAAAAAGUUAUCGCACUGGAACGCCACAUGACAGUCAGCCGUGGACACGAUUCAGAAAAGUCUGAAAGGACAAAUUGCUGUGUGUGCAUCCUUAUCAAAGAAAGCAAAAAGCUUUCCGAUGUGACAAAAGCACUCAAAGUCAAUUAAGAUUCUGGAUCAGAAGAGGUUCUGGCAGAUGGACUGAAAAAAAACCCUCACAAACUGCAACUCAAAGUAUAUUUCUCGUUUUAAAAAGAAUUUAUCUCUGGAUGGGAAUGCUUCUUAAAAUGGCACGAUCAAAUCCUAAAGGGUCUCCUAUCAAGGACUACAAAAAUUCCUCUACAAGGACUACAAAUAUCCAACUCCUGCACUUUAUUCCUCUAAUCAGACCCCUCUUUUUGCUCCCUUCUCUUUUUUUCUAAGCUAGAUAAAUUGCCAAGAAGAAUUACAAAGAAUAUAAUUAUUCAAAAAGCUGCUAUUUUUCUCCUUUCUUCUUCUAUCUCAAUGUCUAUAGUUUCAUGCAGUGCUAUUUGUGAAAAGCUUUUAACACUACUGAAGCACUUUCACCUGUUUCCUUUUGCUCAAACCUCCUCCACAAUUGUUGCUGUUGCUGUUUCUUUGUUUUUAUGAAGUAACCUGCAAUAUGCAUUGGAAGUGUUGUCCUUCUGUUAAAAAAGGGUGCAUUGAUUGCAUUCUUUGAACAUUUUUGCAGGGCUCCGUUAUCGGCAAACGCCUUUAAAGUGAGCUAAGUAGCAUUCAUUGCACAUUUUUCUCCUGAAAAACGUGUUAUUCUCAUUUGGUUCAUUGAUUGACCUAAACUUAUAUGAAUGGUGUGUUUUCUUAUACCUUGGAUAUGAUGCAGAUAUAUAAAUAUAUAUAUUAUCAUGCUAGGUUACUAUGAUGUAUUGGCCCUAAAAAAAUGCACUGUUUUUGGUGUUUCCAUUAAUGACUUCCUGUAAAAACCCAUAAUGUGUGUGUUCAUUUCUUGUGUCCAUUAUUAUUCAGGUAAAGUUUUGCUAAGAAGCAUAGACAGAGUUUAGAAUUAGCAAAAAAAAGGGGCUACCGGUACAUUAAAUUCUCAUGUAGGAUGAUUUUUUUAAGCAACAGCUAGAUACCAAUUGGUGUAAAUAACACAAUGCCAUGUGAUAGAACAGUAAAGAUAAAUAUAUAUUUUUUGGUCUUUGUCCAAGUAAAUUAAGUGAUAAAUAAGUGGAACUCUAGGAGCUAUGUAUUUACAGUACAGCUAUCAUUAAACAAUAACCAUGGCACCACAAAAAUGGUUAAAUUAUAUUCAUGUGUCAAGCAAUUGUUUUGAAUGACAGACUUUAUCUUAGACUGAUGAUUUAUGCAAAGGCUAUCACAGACUAACUAUUUGCAUAAAAAGAAUCUUAUAGAAAAUGAGUUUUCUUUCAAUUAACAAAUUCUGCAGAGGGUUUGAUUAAAAAUAUAAGCAGUAAAUUAAAAAGGCUUUUAGGACCCAAAUACAUAAAUCUAGAAGAUGCAAUUACAGAAUUGUCUUUUAGGUCCCUACAAUUCCAAGUUGGGCCAAACUUGCACCAUUUACAACUAGUUAUGGAUAGUUGGAAUGAGGCUUUCAAUACAAAUCUGUUAGCAUGUGAGGGAAACAGCACUGACCUAAAUAUUAUUGAAAUGCUUUUUAGCAAUCAUCCAACUGUAAACAUAUAUGAAAGGGUUGUGGUGGCAAAACAAACCUGAAUUGCAGUCAUGAAGGAGAGAUUAUUGGAGUGGGGUAAAAGUAGUGGAAUCUAUGGAAUCAAACAAUUAGGGUCUAUACAGGUAUUUUGGAGAUGUGGUCAAAAUGUGUAGCAUUCAAUUGGAUGGAGUUGGUUUUUAUCAAAUCUCGGUGUAGUUCUACAACCUCUCAUUAAUCACUGUUGUCAAGAUUGUGAUUCCCAGUCUUACAGCCAUUAAAAGUCCACUUGCACCCUUCUUAAUCUUUAAAUAGAGUUAAAACUUGGCAGUUUAACUCUAGCUUUAAAUGCUUAGUUAUAGAAGUAAAAAUGCUACUUCUUGAAAGUUGUCCUUGAAAAAAGUGGAAUAUCAGCCCAUUUAAUCCUGCAGUCCAGAGCAACUGAUCAUAACUAAUUUAUAAUGAAGCCACAAUCUAUGAUACUCAUAUUCUAAGGAAGUCACAGCCCUAAUAUAAAGCAGCUUCUAAACUCUGUCUAUGAAUCAACAAACACACCCAAAUGUUCCUCAAUCAGAUCUUACAGAUCUUUUUAUUUCAGUUGCUAAGUUUCUUUGUUCAUCCAACUCAAGCCCUAUAGUCUGUGUGCGUAAAGAAUAAUAUGCUCAAGUCUGCUAAAUAACAGCUACAGAGGGGCAAAGAAGUAUUCGGCAAUCACCGUUUUUGCAAGUUGUCCUCCUUACAAAGAUUAGAGAGGUCUGUAAUGUUCAUUAUAGAUACACUUCAUCAGUGAGACACAGAAUGUAAUAACAGAAUACAUCCAAUCACAUUGUAAUUAUUUGCAUAAUGGUGCAACAAAACAUGUAUUUGGUCAAAAACAAAAUUACCUCAAUACUCUUUAAGGGAACUGUGCUCGUCAAUGGCAGACGUCAAACUUUUCCUGUACUUCUCAACUAGGUUUGCAAUGUAACUGCUAUUUUGGUCAAUUCUUCCAUGCAGAUUUUCUCAAGAGAUGUGAUGUUUGGGGCUGUUGCUGAGCAACAUGGACUUCAACUCCCUCUACACAUCAACUGUUGGAUUGAGGUCUGGAGACUGGCUAGGUCACUCCAGAUUCUUGUCUCUUUGGUAAAAAAUGAACUCCAAAGCAGGAUGUUUCCACCCCUAGGCUUUACAGUGGGUAUGGUGCUCUUGGAAUUUAACUCAGCAUUCUUGCCCUCCCAAACAGUAAGUGGCGUUUUGACCCAAGAUUUCCAUUUUGAUCUUAUUCGACCACAUGACAAACUUUAGACGGGUGUUCAGAAUUAAGCAGAGGGACUUUUGGCGACCUCUGCAUGAUUUGAAUGCAUAACAAUAAAGUGUUUUAGUAAGCUUUGUUGUUGCUGUCUCAGUUCUCUUCAGGUCAUUUACCAGGUCCCUCAUGUAGUUCUGGGCUGUUUCCUGACCAUUCUCAUGAUCAUUUGUACUCUACUUGUCAAGAUUAUCAUUGAUCUUGUAUUUCUUCUAUUUUCUAAUGAUUUUUCCAACAGAAGAUAUUUGCUCUCCAAGCUGCUUAUUGUAGAUUAGUUCAUCACAGUCUUGUUCAGGUCUAGAAUGUUAUCCCUGGUGUCCUUCGACUGCUCUUUGGUCUUGGUGGAGAGGUUGUAGUCUGACUGUUUAAGGCUGUGGACAGGUGUCUGUUAUACAGAUAACGGGUUCAAACAGGUGCCAUUAAUACAGGUAAUGAAUGGAGGCUAGAAGAGCUUAUUAAAGAAGGAGUAACAGUCUUUAAGGGACUGCAUUCUUUUUGUUUGUUGGACUACAUUUUUAAUUUGUGCACUAUUAUACAAAUAAAUUCUGUAAAAAUCCGACAAUGGGACUUCGUUGAUAUUUCUUUAACAUGUCUCUCACAGUUGAAGUAUUUCUGUGAUGAAGAUAAAAUCCCUCUACCAUCUUUUUAAGGGAGACCAAAUGCAGAAUCUGUAAAUGCCAAAUGCUUUUUUGCUCCACAGUAUUUCUGUAGCCAUGUUUACUGAGAGGUUUUCUGUCUGCAGAUUGCAGAACUCUUGGGUGUGUUGUGUGAUCAUGAUGAUUGUGAUUACAGUGAUGAUAACUUGACAAUGGCAACAAAGAAUUAUGCAUUAUUUGGAAUAAAAACAUAUCACGCCUG